AUGGCCAGAGUGAUCUUCACACCAUGGAGGGAGCAUUCGCAGUUACUUGCUGUCCGGAGCCAAUUCUACCCUCCGCCUGCAUAUGACGGGCCGGACAUGCGUUCAGCAGCUUGUGCAAGGGUAGAAGCAUGGAAACUACGAGGAAACCUCCCUCACCCAGUCGAGGCUACUGCUCUAUUAACCGACGCGAUUCUACAUGAUGAUGGGAUGAAGAAUUCCAUUUUCUCCAUCAGGGCAACUUAUUCCGCUGCUUUUUGUCGUUUCGUGACGGGUCUUGUUGACUCGAAGCUCCAUGGACAGAGAAGAACCAUGUUCCAGCGGGCUAUGGACCUUGGACUUCCCGCGUCAUUUGUCGAGCUGCGCCAUGAGGCGACGCACAGGGAGCUUCCUUCUUUGGUCGUGUUGCGGAAUGCCGCGCAGAGAUCCCUUGAGUGGCUGUGGGAUUACUACUGGGCCAAGGUAGACAACAAGAACAACACUGCUGUUUCUGUUGUUCCUGGGACUGGAACUACGCGGAUGGACGGUACCUUUGAUGAUCAAUUAUCUGUCAGGACCGUGAUGCGUGAUAUGCUCAAGCAGGUCGAAGACAAUGCAGGCAAGGAACCUCCGCGGAAGAAGAGAAAGUCGCAGCAUUAUCAGAAUUCUUCGAUUGCAACACAGCUGGUUUCGGUGUGCAGGAGUUCCAGUGAAGGGUCCCUCAUCCUUUCGAGAACAUUGCUUCAUGAUUCUAUUCUGAUACCGGCGGGACGGAAACCCGGUGAGAGCCUUGAUGAUUCAUUUUCCAAGUGGGAGCAGCUUCUUCAGAUGAUCAUUGAAAAUCAUCCCACAUUCCUGACAACCUUGGUCGAGGAGAUGGCGAAGGAACUGGUUUUUACACAUUCUUCACAUUCCAACGAUGAUAAUAAUGCCUUCUGCGAAGCGAUCUACAUGUGGCUGGACCAUAUUCUGAAAUCAUCAACAUGGGAGACAAGUAGACGACUACUCUCCCCUGCAUAUAUUCUUGCUGCUGGUGACAGCGCCCCGAACCGAUGGACUAGGUUGCUCAAGGCGGAUCUAGAAAAGGGUAGCGACAAUAUGUUCUUUGGUACCAUGCCAGACUCCCAGGUGCCAGCACGAAAAUGUCAGAGCGACAAGUCUGAAUUUGUUGACAGGGUCUCGGAGGGGUCGCGUGAGCUGGCGGAGUAUGGAUGGCAGGUCCUGGGUAAAUGGGAUUGCAGGCCAUUAGGCGUGGCUUAA